CUAUAAUUACCACUUCUCUCUCUUUUUCAAUUUUUUUUGCAUUUUUGUUUAAGAAAUAUAUCCUUUUAAUUUGGAGAUUAACUAAGUUAAUCAUCUUUUUGCAUGGCUUCAAAAUUAUGGAUAUUUGUUCUUAUGGCUGUGGUGAUGGUUUCUAAUUCGAUGUCGUUGGAUGAAUCGACAUGGGGAAUAUCUCCAUUGUUGAUUGAUGGUGAUGGAGAUUUUCCCAUGAUUCGUACAUGUAAUGGAAGUGUAGGAGAUUGUAUAGGUGAUGAGGACGAAGAAGACUCUGAAUUUGGUCGUCGUCAGUUGGCUCGUAGGAGAAGGUACAUAAGCUAUGAUGCAUUGAAGAAGAACAAUGUACCAUGCAACAGGAGAGGGCGAUCUUACUACAAUUGCAACUCAAAUGCUAGGGCAAACCCUUACAAUAGAGGUUGCACUUACAUCACCCAUUGCGCCAGGAACCUCGGCUAAUUUUCUCCUUUACUAAUGUAAUAACUUGUUAUACCACAUGAUUUGUACGUUAUAAUUAUGACUUUUUUACCUUUUAUUGUAUGUUUUAAUAUAUUCUAUUCUAUAUGUUUUAAUUUCCUCUUUUUACAAUAUUGAUAUGUUAUUUUGUACUCUUAUGUACCAAGAAUGAAAAACAUUUAUAUAUUUGGACAUUUUUCUC